UCUUCGCCAAACCUCACACAAGAAAGUAGAGUGAAAAGAAAAAAAAUGGCAUCUUCAAUGAUUUCCUCAGCUGCAGUCGCCUCCGUAAGGAGUGCCGCUCCCGCUCAAGCUAGCAUGGUUGCACCAUUCAGUGGUUUGAAAUCAGUUGCUGCUUUCCCCGUUACCCGCAAAUCAAAUGACAUCACCUCCGUUGCCAGCAACGGUGGAAGAGUUAACUGCAUGCAGGUCUGGCCACCAACUGGUUUGAAGAAGUUUGAGACCCUCUCAUACCUUCCCCCAUUGACCGUCGAGCAAUUAUCAAAGGAAGUCGACUACCUUCUCCGUAAUGGAUGGGUUCCCUGCCUGGAAUUCGACGCCAGAGGAUUCGUGUACCGUGAGCACGGUAACACCCCUGGAUACUAUGAUGGUCGUUACUGGACAAUGUGGAAGCUACCCAUGUUCGGCUGUACCGACGCUUCCCAGGUUGUCAAGGAGCUAGAGGAGGCCAAGGCUGCUUACCCAGACUCAUUCAUCAGAAUCAUCGGAUUCGACAACGUUCGUCAAGUACAAUGUGUUAGUUUCAUCGCAUACAAGCCCGAGAGUACUAGCUACUGAAAAUCUUUGAUGGGUUAGUAGGAGGACGAGCAGUGCACAUUUUAAUCAAGGAAUAAAAUCCAAUUACUUUCUUUGUCUUUUUUUUGUAGUAUCCUCAGUAAUUCGGUUUUAGAGAAUUAUAUUAUUCGUAUCUUUCAUUGGAUUUGAGUGUAUGAGAAACGAUAAUAUUAAUAUCGUCUAAUCCGAUUGUUUUAAUUUGUUCAUUACUGUAAUAAUAAUAAUAUUGUCUAAUCUGAUGGUUGUAA